GGGGGGGGGAUGCCAUGGGGACGCCGGGGGGUGGCUGGCGGCAAAGGUCAGCGCUGGGGCUGCUGCUGGAAGUGGUGGGGUGCUGGGAGGCACUGGGUGGUGCUGAUGCAGGGCACUGGGAGGCACUGGGCUGUUGUGCGCAGCGCUGCAUUGGUGCCGUUGCAGGGCGCUGUGCAAUGCUGGAGCACGACACUGGGUGGUGCUGGUGCGGGACACUGGGAGGCACUGGGCAAUGUUGGAGCGUGACGCUGGGUGGUGCUGGUGCAGGGCGCUGGGAGGCGCUGGGCAGUACUGGAGCAGAGCACUGGGUGGUGCUGGUGCAGGGCACUGGGAGCACUGGGCAGUACUGGCGCAGGGCAGUGGGCGCUGCAACCAAGGGUUGUGGCCACGCCCCUUCCGGUUGCCCCCACUUCCGGCGGGAGGGCGUGGCAACCCCAGGCGGCUUCCUAUUGGUCGCCUCGGCAGCCAAUCCGCGGCGGCGCGCGGGGGAUUCGAAGCGGGAGGCGCGUGCGCGGGGCGGCAUGAAUGGCGCGGGGCGGCGCGGGGCGCCGGCGGGAAAGCUGAGCGCGGCGCUGCGGGGCGGGAGCGAGGCGGCGGUGGAAGCCCUCCUGCAGCACGCGGCCGACCCCAACCUGCUGCUCCCGGAGGGGUUCGCCCCCAUCCACCUGGGCGCUGCGGGGGGGCCCGGGGGCGGCGUGCGCUGCCUGCGGCUGCUGCUGCGCUACGGGGGGGACCCCAACGCCAGGGCCGCCGAGGGGCUCACGCCGCUGCACGUGGCCGCGUCCUGGGGGAGCUGCGGGUGCCUGGAGCUGCUGCUGCAGAAUGGGGGGGACCCGGAGCUGCGGGACCAGGACGGGAAGCGAGCCGUCGACCUGGCGCUGGAGCAGGGCCAUGGGCUGUGCGUGCAGCUCCUGCGGGACUGGGCUCAAACUGAGGCCUCCCAGGGACCCAGGCACUCGCUGUCCAUCUUGUCCGAGGAUUACACCGAUGUGGGGCUGCUGAGCAGCACCCGCAUGUCCCAGCUGGAGGAGCCCGGGCUGGGGGGCAGCUGUAGGUCGGGGGAGCCCCUGUGCCGUGCUCAACCCCCCUCGGGUCCCUCUGUUGCUCCAUGGAUCCCAGAGGACCCAGCUUUGCCCCCGCAGCCCCUCGCAUCCAGCACGCUGCUUUGUGCUGGGGGUGAGCAUGAGGAGGUACCCCCGAGGGGGAGGGGGCUGUGCAGCUCCCUGCAGCCCAGAGUGGGGGCCGGGAGCCCCCCCCAGCCCCUGCGUUGCAGCAGGAACCGUGGGGUGCUGGAGGCUGGAACCAGAGGCCAUGACCACUGUGGGGACAGCAGCGGGGACAGCGAGUGCUUCGUCACUGCGAUGGAGACGCUGGAUCCCAGCGGUGCUGGGGGGUGCCCAGGAGAAGCCCCCUCCUCAGCGGGACCCUGGGAGCUGCCCCCCCAGAACCCCUCAGCUGCAGAGGAACUGCCUGCAUUGCUCUGGGGAUGCAGCCUUGAGCGCUCCCCCCCCCGCACCCUGGAGUUCCCUUGCAGCCCAGCUGGCACUGCUGCGGGGGAUGUCACUUCGCAAGAGCUGCAGCCCCCCCAGUUCUGCCACGUCACCCCCCGCACCAAGAGCCGCCUCCAGGCCUCAGCAGCAAGGCUCGGUGCCUCUUCCUCCUCCUCCUCCCUCUUUGAUGCCAGCCUGGAGAAGCCCCGCAGGCCCCCUCGGGUCAGAGCACCCAGGGGUGUCCCUAAGGACCCUGCCACCACCCCAGGGGACCGCAUCACCCUCAGUGGUGAGGACGUGUCCAGGGUGAACAGGGAACGCACAGCGUCUUCAGAUGACACCCAGAUCCUCCCCAGAACCCCCAGCCGGCCCAGCUCCCCCCAGGAGACCAGCAGCUCCAGCCCCACGGUGCUGCUAGCUCCUGGGGACCACGGCCGUGCCCAGAACCCUCUGUCAGAUGCUCAGGAAUUGCUCAGCCCUACUGUGCUGCUGGGUCCUGGGGGUCCCAGCCACCCCCUGGACUCCCCUUCAGAUGCUCAGGGCUCUCCCAGCUCCACGGUGCUGCUGCGUCCUGGGGACAGUGACAACCUCCAGGAUUCCCCGCCACAUGCUCAGGGCUCCCCUCCUGCCACUGACCCCAGAGUGCCGGAGCCAGGGACCCCACCGACGCCACGCUCACCCACGGGCCAGAGUCCCCACCGCCCCAUGGGACCCGAUGGAUGGCCACCAGCUGAGUGGCACGGUCCCGGCGCAGAGGCCACCAGCCCUGGGGACGGGGACCAAGUGCGGUCCAUGCGGGUGCUCUCUGACGAAGCUCUCCUCCGACGGCUGCGGGCGCUGGGUUACGACCCAGGACCCAUCACGGUGCUCACCCGGCGCGUGUACCUGCGGCGGUUGGAGGAGCUGAGCCGCAGCCCAGCAGGGCACAGCCCUGAGCUGGCAGAUGCGCUGCGCACCGGGCAUAUCCCCAACUGCACCGAGGAUGAGAUGGCGUUGGCUCAGCAAUUCGACCGCCCCGACCAGAACCGGCAUUGGCGCGAGGGGCUGCUCAAAGCCAGCUUCAACUACCUCCUGCUCGACCCCAGGACCACCCGGGACCUCCCGCUGCGCUGCCACCGCCUGAGCCCCAUGGAGUGCUUCAGGACCUUCGUCGACGCCGUCUUCUACGUGGGCAAAGGAACGCGUGCCCGGCCCUACAGCCACCUCGCCGAGGCUGUGAGCCAGCACCGCGUGGGGACCAGGAAGGUGGGAUGGGGUGGGCGUGGGGUGGGGUGGGUCGCACGGGGAAGGAGGAGGCUUCACGGGCAUGGGGCUGUCUCACAGGGCUGUCCCAACGUGCAGCGCAUCCUGGAGAUCUGGGCGAGCGGGCUGGGCGUCAUCUCCCUGCACUGCUUCCAGAGCAGCGUGCCGGCCGAGGCGUACACGCGGGAGGGCUGCUUGCUGGAGGCCCUGGGGCUGCGUGCCGUCACCAACCAGCGGAAGGGGAAAUGCUACGGCGUGGCAGCGAGCUGGCCCCCGGCACGGCGCCGGCGCCUGGGCGUCCACCUGCUGCACAGGGCAAUGCGCAUCUUCCUGGCCGAGGGCGAGCGGCAGCUGCGGCCGGCUGACAUCCAGGCUGGGCGCUGAGCCCCCCCCCCCCCGCCCCAGGAGCUGGGGGCACCCCCUGCUCUUCCCACGGAGGUGGGGGGGCUGCGUGCCGGGGGGUGGUUUUUACGUCGUGACCGAUGGCGAGAAUGUUUCUAUUUAUUUCUUCUCUACCCCUUAAGUGGUGAUGAGUAAAUGGCUGCACCGGCUCCGA